AUGUCCAGACAUGCCUCCUGCUUCAGCUCAAGCCCCUCCCUCAAGCAUCCUUUCGUUACAGGAAACCUGAAGAUAUUUGAAAUCAACGUCCCCAGAAAACAGAUCAAAAUGGAGCCUGAAACAAACCCCCAUCAAAGAAUUGGUUUUAUUGGUGCAGGGAACAUGGCAUUUGGCAUCGCAAAAGGAAUAAUAACUGGUGGAAAUGUUUUGCCAGCAAACAUCAAAGUUAGCGCUCCAUCCAACAGAAACUUUGGACGCUUUCAGGAGUUAGGAAUUAGUGUCACAAACUCCAAUGUGGAGCUGGUGUGUGGUUCUGACAUAGUUUUUGUGGCAGUCAAACCUCACUUGGUUCGAAAUGUUCUCAAUGAGAUCUCCGUUUUAAUCACAGACAGACACAUUAUUGUGUCGGUGGCUGCAGGAAUAACACUGGAAACAUUGGAAGAGCUCUUGCCUGAAAAUGCAAGUAUCAUCCGUCUGAUGCCAAACCUCCCGUGCAUUGUGCAGGAGGGGGCUUUACUCUUCUCCAGAGGGUCUUGUGCUAAACCUUCUGAUGGAGAACUGCUUCGCUCCUUAUUGCAUCAUUGUGGUUUGGUGGAGGAGGGCCCAGAGGCAUGGAUUGAUAUUCAUACAGGACUGAGUGGGAGUGGAGUGGCCUUUGUUUAUCUUUUCUCCGAAGCUCUAGCUGAAGGAGCCAUUAAAAUGGGAAUGCCAAGUUCUUUGGCCCAUACCAUUGCCUCACAGACAGUUUUGGGCGCAGGGCGGUUGUUGCGAGACUCAGGAAAGCAUCCAGCUCAGCUCCGGUCAGAGGUUUGCACUCCGGGAGGAACCACCAUUUAUGGACUUCACACUCUGGAGCAAGGUGGAGUCAGGGCAGCAACAAUGAGCGCUGUGGAGUCCGCCACCGAGCGAGCGAGACGGCUCGGCCAAAUGUCUGCAGCCAGGAAGUGA